AUGCUGGCUCUGUCUAGUAGGCUAAUCCUCCGGGGCUGCCGGACCGGAUCAAUCACCGCAUGGAGAGCCUGUAGCUCCUCCGAGGAUUCUGCCAAGGAAAACCCCCUGGUGUACCUGGAUGUCACGGCGGACAACAAGCCUCUGGGGAGGAUCGUGUUGGAGUUGAGAAAUGAUGUCACACCAAAAACUGCAGAAAAUUUCCGAUUGUUGUGCACUGGAGAUAUGGGCUUUGGUUAUAAAGGCUCCACUUUGCACAGAAUAAUUCCUGACUUCAUGUGCCAGGGUGGAGAUUUUACAAAUCACAAUGGAACUGGCGGGAAAUCUAUUUAUGGAAGUCGCUUCCCUGAUGAAAACUUCAUACUAAAACAUACAGGGCCAGGUAUUCUCUCAAUGGCUAAUGCAGGGCCAAACACAAAUGGUUCCCAGUUCUUUAUCUGCACAACAAAAACUGGAUGGCUGGAUGGGAAGCAUGUGGUAUUUGGCUGUGUAAAAGAAGGCUAUGAUGUAGUGAAGAAAAUUUGA